UGAUUUGCAUCAUCAAAACGUGCUGGUUUAUACUGCAAUCUGCACAUAAAAAGUUUAGAAUUCGACAAGUCAACAGGUCAAUUCCACAAAAUGGGUGAUGUUACCGGACUGAGCAAUGCCGAAGCCGAUGAGCUUUGCCAAAAACAAGAUGCAGCCACCAAGGACUUUCUGUUCCAGCAAACCAUGUACCGCAUCAAGGAUCCACGCAAAUCUCUGCCGUUCUACACUGGUGUCCUGGGCAUGACAUUGCUGGUCAAGUUGGACUUUCCAGAGGCAAAGUUUUCGUUGUAUUUUAUGGGCUAUGAAAACCCUGCCGAUGUACCUAAGGAUCCCAAGGAGCGACGAUCCUGGGCCAUGAGUCGCAAGGCGACCGUUGAAUUGACACACAACUGGGGUUCAGAAACCGAUCCGGAUCAAAGCUAUCACACCGGUAAUACCGAUCCCCGUGGCUUUGGACACAUUGGACUGAUGGUUCCAGAUGUCUAUGCUGCCUGCAAACGCUUCGAGGAGCAUGGCGUUGAGUUUGUAAAAAAACCGGACGAUGGUCGCAUGAAGGGCUUGGCUUUCAUCAGAGAUCCCGAUGGCUACUGGAUUGAGAUUUUCAAUGCCUUUACCGUGCCGAACUAGAGAUUAAUGCUGAUAUUAGGGACAAUUGGCAGCUUCUUUUCUUGUGAUGGAUCAGUUGUCCAUUCCAGACAUGAGGAAAAUCUAUAUUCAUCAUUUGUAAAUAGAAAUCAGUAUCGGAUAUCUCACUAAUUGUACAAUACAUUUAUUUGUGAUACCGUUAGUGUUUUUUGUUGAGAUUUUCAAGAUUUGUGAUUAAAACUAGCUGCUAAUGCAUCCCUAUGAUUGUUGAACCGUUUCCAGUUUUAAAUUCAUGUCUAUGUAUGUCUCACAGAGACUAUUGUCGUUUAAGAAAUUAAAGUUGUAUUUUGUCAAAAAUAUUUUUAAUAAAAUCACAACAGUGUGUAUUUACCCGUA